ACCACUGAUGCUAUCAGGACUUUGGCUGUACUACAGUCUUUUGGGAAGACAGAAUGAAUAAAACCUCCGGUCAUCGUGUCAACAGCUCCUUAUAUGAAAACAAAUUACUGCCUGGUAUUUACAUCUUUGUAUUCUUCAUGGCUCUGGGCACUAAUGGAUGGGGAUUGAAGUCCUUGCUGCAGAAAUGGAAGAAACUGGGAAACAUUAACGUCUUUGUUCUCAACCUUGGACUUGGAAACUUUUUGUACCUGCCUGCACUCCCAUUUUUGGCAGUGUACUACCUGAUGGAGAAAAAUUGGAUCUUUGGAGAUGCGUUCUGCAAGAUAACAAGGUUCUGCUUCAACCUGAAUUUGUACGGCAGCAUCGGCUUCCUCACCUGUAUAAGUGUGUACAGGUACCUGGCUAUUGUCCAUCCACUGAGAGUGAUGGGAAGAUUAACUGUCACCCACUCUGUGGCUAUCUCAGUCAUGGUUUGGCUGUUGGUGAGUGUUCAGAGUCUUCCUGACAUGUUCUAUGAUAAAACAACGAACAAAAACAACACCAGGAAAUGCUAUCAUACCACCUCUCGAGCCUCCGUUGAGGAUUAUCUGAGAUACAGUCUUGGAUGGACACUCACUGGAUUUCUAAUCCCCCUCCUCAUCACACUGGGCUGCUAUGGACACGUGAUUGUUGUUCUCUGUCGCACAAACACCACAGACAAGGUACUGAAACAAAAAUGCUUGAAGUUGUUGUUCAUCUUGAUUCUUCUCUUCUCUGUUUGUUACAUCCCAUAUCAUGUACUCAAGAACCUCACCCUCUAUUCAAGAGUUUUGUUGAACCGGAAUACUCUGGAGAUUCCAUGGGAAAGAGGAGUGUUUGGUGCUCAUCAGAUAAGUCGUGGCCUUGUGUGUCUAAACAGUGCUCUCAACCCUCUGGUUUACCUCCAUACAGUUGAAGAUAUUUCUGCUCAGGUCAGACAGCUGCUCCAGCAAACUCGUCAGAUGUUUAAUUGUUGGUGCACAUCAAACCCUGGCAGAGUGCCUGUAUCACAAAAUGUAGAUGAAGUUUAACAUGAUUGUUGUGUUACUUGUACAACUUUCUACCUUCCAAGUAGUGCCUUUCAUGCUGUUAAUAUUGCUUUAUUUUCCUUGUCAAUACAUUUAGCAUAAGAGAUAUGUUUUUUGUUCUCUGCUUUUGAGGGUGCUGUCGUUGCAGUAUGCUGAAAAUGUGCCAAAUAAAGGGGAAAUUCAACUCUU